AUGUUACAAUUAUGGUCUGUUCCAAUCAGCUCAAUUUGUGAUUCCCAAACUCAGAGUAUGCGAAAUGUGUCUUCAAACUAUGUCACAACUGUUGAUACAAAAGUAAAAAAUGACAUUUUGGUAAACUUACAGGAAAAGUGUGCUAGUGAUUUCAAGCAAGCACUUGGAUUGUGCACCAAAAUUCAGGUUUCUUUGUUUGUCGCACCUGAAGUAAAGCCAGCAACCCGUCCUAAAAGGCCAGUACUCCACUCAGCCGUCCCAUUGCUUGACGCAGGACUGAAUCGCUUGAAGAAAUUGGGCAUGCUAACCAAUGCUAAUUACUCAGCCUGGGCUACGCCCAUUGUGGUAGUUCAAAUGGUUAGUGGCACAGUCAGGAUUUGUGGCGAUUUUUCAACUGGACUAAAUAUUGCACUUCAGACUCAUCAAUGCACAUUACCAAUUCCGAUUGAUUCGUUUGCGUAGUUAAAUGGUGGCAACACAUUUUCAAAUUUGACCUU